UGUGUUUCAUGAAAAGCAGGAGCAGGUGGCGUCGGAAGACGCAGAAUACGAGCAAGUUUCUGAGCUUGACGGAUCGAACCGGGCUGACGAUGGGUUGGACCAAGCAGAUUAAGGCUACGCCGUCGCUGAUCAACCGAUCCAUCGUGAGUGAAGCCGUUGAUGAACUUCCGGAGAAUUUGCUAACGAAGCCGAUUCAGCAGAAAAACAUUACGACUCGGCAGCAGAGGCUGGCUCAACCGGCUAAGAAACCGUUCACGAUGAAAAAGCCCUAUCCGCAGGACAAGCUGGUCUCGAUAAAGCGAUCCCUCCGGUGCCGCAAGUGCGACCACAACGUGACUAACCAGGACCAAUUGAGAGGCUAUCCUGCUGCUGAAGCUUAUCAAUCCAACCAUCAACGACAUGAUCAUCACAAUAAUGGAACUUCCAACCGACGAGGAGGAACGUCUCAUGAUUGAAGAGCUCAAACUGUCCGCGGAGACGACCAUCUCAUCGUCGUCCUCUUCGCUGACGCUGUCGGUCGCGGGGUUGAUCGAGUACGAGUAGUUUGUCCUCGAAGCAGGCGGCACUGCUGGAGGACCCGCGGAUGGUGCAGCAGAGCGUCAACGGAACGUUCAGGCUGCACUUUUUCAACCAGAACCGAAACCGACCGUUUAGUGGGAUACUUUCCAACGAAGCAUCCAUCGCGAUCGCGGCGAUCAAAUUGUUCACUACUGAAUAGCAGGUAAAAAAAGCCACAACGAAAAAUUGAAAAAGAAACACAGAUACU